GCAACAAGUAUUGGGCUUCAAACCAUCGAGGUAAUUUUGAUCAGCAGCUAAAACAGUGUGAACGAAUUUUGUAUGAUUUGUUGUAUAACAUCUUUGCUUGGCACACGUAUAAAAAAGUGAAUAAAAUGUGUAUGGACAAUAGGUAGGCUAACUUUCUUAAUGAUUGUGAAUUAAGCAGAGUAACUUUAGCCUAGGAACGAAGUGCUGGCAACAGUCGCAGGGAAUGGAAAGGCUGUGUGUAUAUUUUACUUAGUUUUUUCAUGCGUUCCUUGUAUUCAGAUAUCUUAAAUGCUGUCACGGCCAUUGGAUUUUGAAAACGUUGUAUAAUGUUUGUAAAAACUUAACGUUUUCGUUGCUUUCUAUUAAUUUGCUCAUUCUACCUUAACAAGCUAGCUAUAAUAGCUAGCUAGCCACCAAACUGACAAAAUCUUUGCUAGUAACCAAGAAAACUAUAAGUGGUUUAAAUAACUUACGAUUAUUAUUUUUUUUAUAUAGCUCAUUAUAUAUGUCGCUAGCUGAAUACGUUAUCCAGAAUCGGAUGGCAAGCGCAGCCUCGGAAAAAAAAGGAUUAACCAGCUACUGAGUGACUUGCUGUUUAAAUGGACACUGCCGGAGCGCAAGAGAGCAGACGACGCUGUCGCAGCUGCCACGCGCGGGGACGUUUGACUGGAAAGAACACCAAACGAUGUGGUUCGAUUAGCUAACGUUUAUCCUGGCGAGUCGACGAGAUGUUCCCUUUAAUUCUCUCAUUAAAAGAGCAUUAGCCGAGUGUCUUGAGUGUUUACAGGUGUCACGACAGUAGUAACUAUAGGUUAUGUAGCUGGCAGCGAAUUGAAGUUUUGGGGAAAAUUAGCUGGCUAGGUUAUAUAGCUAAUCACCUUUUUUUUCAGGGAAGCUUUGCCCAUUUUUAAGGAUACCGGGCAGCUAGCUAGCUAGCUAGCUGCUAACUAACCUAUCUAUCUAACUAGCUAUGUACGAAAUGGACGCUCACCAUUGUUUGGACUCGAGAUUCGCUGACCAAGACCAAAGACUAAUCUAUGAGGCGGACAGGAACUUGGAUCAGAAUGGUAGCAGGGAUUCUGCCGAAGGAUGCAAACUACAUAAUGUGGCUCUCUCUGGAGGCGCGCCCUGGGGCUUUACCCUCAGAGGAGGUCUGGAACACGGAGAACCGCUCAUCAUUACCAAGGUGGAAGAAGGCAGUAAGGCGGCUGCAGUGAGGCUCCAGGCAGGAGAUGAGCUUGUAACCAUCAAUGAGGUUCCACUCAAUGGCUACCGGCAGGAGGCUAUCUGCCUCGUCAAGGGCUCCCACAAGACACUCACUCUGGAGGUGAAAAGGAGAAGUGAACCCAUGAGCAGACCUCACUCCUGGCACUCCACCAAAUUCAAUGAGAACCAAUCAGACACUGCCAAAGCACAGCACACACCCUCACCAGUCUGGCAAACAAGAUAUGAUGCAAGUUCAUUUUCCUCUGACAUCACUACUGGCUGGCAGCAGACAAAUCUGCGUCGAGUGUCAGACCAGUUCAGUUCCUUGGGCAGUAUGGACAGUUUAGAGCACAAUCCCCACCCAUAUCCAUCCGGUCGCCUCUCUCCAAGCAAGUCUAAUGCCAACAGCAUUGAACAUUUAGGAGGUGGAAAAAGAGACUCUGCCUAUAGCUCCUUUUCAACCAGCUCAGGGACCCCAGAUUAUACACUGUCCAAAAGCAACACAGCCUCUACAGAGAACAUGUUGUAUAAAGUCAGCCAAUGGGACUCAGGAAGCAGGCCUAGCAAUAGCAGGAUUAGUCAAAACCUGAGUGAUGUCGUAAAACAGGAUGACCGGCUUGGAUUCCUACAGCUGCCUUCAGGGUCCAGUGGCCGGGAAAGCCCACGGGCAGAGGAGCAGACAGGCCAUCGACACCCUGGCUCUGGAAGGGCUAGCAUUGGACCAAUUUGGCAUAUUCCUGACAUGAAGAAAACCAUUACCCCAUCACCACCACCACCACCACCACCCACUCGCAGUGAUAGUUUUGCUGCCACCAAGGUUCAUGAAAAGGGUCUUGUUCCCAGCUACACUGAGGGCCCUGGGAAUCAUGUCCAGUCAAAGCUUCAGGGCAAAGGACUAGAGAAAGCAACAGACAUCUCUGAGAGUACUCAAAGGAAUUACCAAUGCAGCGAACCAGGCCUGGAUACUUGUCAAAUCUACAACCCUGCACCCAAGAGUGAAACUCUUAAUCCAUACAUAGCAAUUGAGAGCUAUAAUCAUUCAGGCCAAAAUCUUAAUCUAGAUGAUACAUGCUCAUUAUCUAGCACUGAUGUGCGAGCAGGCCUUUCAUCAUAUACCCCAUUACCCUACCACCACCGUCAGUACAGCGAUGAGAGCACUUUCCAUGCACCUUCCAGGACUCCAUCUGUACUCAAGAAUGUCAUGUCUCAGAACAUUGGUAGUUGCUACAGCAGCAUGCAGGAAUUACCCACAAAUAGUCAGGCCCAGCACCAUACCCAUAACCAAAUCAAAAGGCCCACUGCUUCAGUGUCCAGCACUGCCAUUGACCAAAACGUAGACACCCACAGCUCAAGCCGUUACUACUGUGUCACAUCUCGACAGCAUCCUCUGGGGAUGCCCCAGGCCUCUUUAGUCCAGGUAGAGGACUGGAAAGCUAAUUCUGCCACAGAGAUGACUCACAGUGGAGUUGAAACUUCUCAAGGACAACCUAAAGACAAGUAUAACACAAAUCAAGUUCCACAGCACCUUACAAAUAACAAAGACAGCAAUGAAUAUUACAGGCAAGUUGAUGGUCAGCAUGGGGCAUACACAUCAGCAAGUGGACCGUGUCAGUUACUUGAUGAUGCAGCAACAAAUAUUUUGGAAAUCAGAGAAAACCACAAGUCAAAUGUUGCAAUAAACUUAGAUGCACAUUUCGUCAGUUAUCCCCCUAUUAAACAGUCUGAGCCAGGAAAAAUUGCUGGACCUCUCGGAUCAAAAGAAUCCUCCCAAGAACAUUUGCUUUCUGAAAGUGAGACAAAGUCAAGUCCCCCAAAAAACCCCAUGCUGCAUUCUCCAUCCCAAGAGUGUGGUAGAGUGAGUGACAGCCAAGUUGAGAUGGGUAGUGGAAGUGAGUCAGUGGAAUCUGUUGAUCAUCAGGUUGCAAGGCAGACACGACAUAAUGACCGCUUUGCCACCACUUUGCGAAAUGAGAUCCAGAUGAGGAGAGCCCAGCUUCAGAAAAGCAGAAGUACAGCUGCCUUGGGUGGGUCACUUGAGGCUGAAGAGCCUUCCGUGUGGAGAUCUGCAGAAAACUCUUCUUCCUCGGAUGGCUCCUUUACCAGCACCUAUAAAGACCAUCUGAAGGAGGCCCAAGCCCGAGUCCUGAAAGCUACUUCAUUCAAGCGGAGAGACUUGGAGCCAGUGCUACUUGAGCACCCAGGAGCAGAGGUUCAGUCUGUUACUCGGAGGGAUACAUCACCUCUGCCAAGUGUUUCUGAGGGCCCACUAAGCAAACCUGCUUUAGGAGGAAACCAAGUGACCCGCAUAUGUGGCCGAAAGCGGAUUCCAACAGAGAAGAAAGUAAGGUCCUUCUCUGAGCCUGAAAAAAUGAAUGAGGUGGGUGUUAAUGAAGAGAUGCCUCUCAUAGACAGCUCUGUGUCUUUAGUUGGGAGGCUUAAGUUCUUCGAGGCAAUAGCAAAACCAGCAUAUUCCAAGCCAACGCCAAAGCAGACAUCUGAUGACCCUAGCUUGGCUAAGUCUGGAGGAAGGCCACAGUCUACUGAAAUUGAAGCCACCAGGAGGGAUAGAAGUGCUAAAGCAGAAAACACAGAGAGCAGCAAACAUGGCUCUGACUCCUUGCAGAGGUUGGGCACUUUUGCAGAAUAUGAAGCCACAUGGAACACACAGAGAAAACCAGCUGAGCCAAGGCCUUCGGGCAGAUAUCACUCAGCUGAUAAUAUCCUUGAUCCCGGAGUGGAGGAACGGAGUAAGCCCUCAUGUUUCCAUGGAAGGUCACUGUCUUCUCCCUCGGAAGACUUCUAUGGUCAGAACAUCCCAGUGCAGGAAAGGAGGUCAGCUGAGUAUACUUCAAUUGGAAAAAAGCUCUCUGACCAUAAAUCUAGCCCAAGGAUAAGUCAAGGAGGAUCCAGUGAUUUGGUAUCUAAGCAGAAUCAAGAACCAUCACCAUCUUAUUUGAUUGGAGGGGACCUGGAAAAAAACCUCUCUGCUAACCCUGCUGGACCUUCUCUCUAUUUCCCUGACUUCAUCCUCACUGAACCAUCCUCCUUCACCAAAAACAAGAGCCCAGUUUCUCAAAGACCUCCUCUGCCCCACCUGGACAAGUACAAAUGUCCUGAGGAAACAACCCCUCCUAUCUGCAGCACUGAGGAUGGAGCUGUAACCUCCCAUUCUCCAGUUAGAGACGUCAGCUUGGCCCCUGUCCUUGCCCCAGGUUUCUGGAAGGAGCUGAAGUAUAGCAAAGUUCCAAAAACGGAGGAGGAACCUGGACCAGAGGCAACGCCUCUUCUCCUUCCCUCCCCUCCUGGACCGCUAGCCCAUCAAGCUGCUGGCUUGGCCCAGCCCACUGGGCCCCAGCCCACCAUGGAGGGGCACCGCUCCCCCUCGCCACACUUUGCUCCCCAGAGACUGACUGACAAGCCCCCUGUGUCUGUCUCCCUGCAGGAUGAAGCCCCUGGAAGGAUGGAUACAGUGACAGAUGACAACACCACAGUGAAAAAAGUGCCCAUCAAGAUUGUUCGUUCUGAAAGUAACGCAGAGAAAGAAAGUCGGCAGUACCUUCACCCAAGCACUGAGGCGCCUACCAGCCCAUUGGGGACCACGGCCUCAUCUCUCCCCAGCCUCGGAAGCCCUGAGCAGUCCUCUCUAUUCUGCACAUACACAAGGCACAGGGAGCAAGGGCCAGAGCACCAAACCCCUGCCAUGGGCCCCCAAAAGCAACAGGAGCUUCAUGGAAGUGUUGCAGGACCACAGGAGGUGCGGGACCAGCAGAAUGGUCCCUGUAAUGGGGUCGCCUUGGCCAGCCUUGGUGCCCCCUCCCCAUCUGGGGAGGACGAGAAGAGAGAGGUGCUAACCAGGGACAUCAUUGACAAAGACAAAUCUCUGGCUGACAUUUUGGACCAGAGUAAGAUGAAGACCACCAUGGACCUGAUGGAGGGGAUUUUCCCUCAGGGAGAGCAGCUAAUGGAGGAGGCUCAGCAGCGCAGACGGGCAGCCCCUAAACAGGCCUCAUCACGCAGCUCAGACGAGAGACAGGAGGAGGCCAGUGCGGCGGAGGCUGCUGCUGUGGCUCUGCUGACUAGCUCGGCCUAUUACAGCACAUCCGCCCCCAAGGCUGAGCUGCUCAUCAAGAUGAAGGACAUGCAGGAGCAGAGCGUGGAGGUGGACUCAGAGGAAGAGCUUGGAGAGGACAGCGACAGCGACCUCGCCAACAAGAAGCAAGAGCUGAUUGCCAGCCUGAGCAAGAAGCUGCAAGUCCUGCGGGAGGCACGCGAGAGCCUGCGUCAGGACGUGCAGGACAAUGACGCCCUGGGUGAGGACGUGGAGGCCACUGUGCAGGCCGUCUGCAAGCCCAAUGAGCUGGAGAAGUUCCGCAUGUUUGUGGGUGACCUGGACAAGGUGGUGAGCUUGCUGCUGUCACUAUCAGGGCGGCUGGCCCGCGUGGAGAAUGCCCUCAACAGCCUGGAGGAGGACACCACACUCGAGGAGAGGCGCACGUUAACAGAGAAGCGCAAGCUCCUGAUCCGCCAGCACGAGGAUGCCAAAGAGCUGAAGGAGAACCUGGACCGGCGUGAGAGCACCGUCUACGGCAUCCUGGCUGCCUGCCUCCCCGAUGAGAGCCUGGCCGACUACGAGCACUUCGUCAAGAUGAAGUCGGCGCUCAUCAUCGAGCAGCGCAAGCUCGAGGACAAGAUCAAGCUCGGCGAGGAGCAGCUCAAGUGCCUGGUGGACAGCCUGCCCCUGGACCAGAGGCCGUGUGUGUGAAGCCGCGCCUCUGAGUCCGCCCACCCCCAGCCAUGCUGCCAGGUGUCACCCAGCCUGAAAUGGCAGUGCAACAGCACUUGCACUCCUCAAAUGAAUUGUGGCAGUGCCAUGAAUGCUCCUCGCCUGCAGCUACACUUUGAUUAAACGCUUUGGCCGUUGCUGAGGCGCUGAUGGUGCUGGCCGCUUUCAGGACACGCUUCAUCCAGUCGCCUGAAUGCUCUAUGGACAUAGCCAUCCCACAUAGUUGUUUUUAAGACCAUUUCCAGCUCAACAGUGCUUGCUGUGUGUUCUUUCAAUUCAAUGUUACGUGAUUUAUCCAGGGGGA